UCUCAAAAUGCUCCACGGAAUUAUAAAACAUUAUAUGAUAAAGAACUUGGUGCAAAGGAAACUAUUCGUAGAUAUAAUGGUUUCAUACCAGGGCAUCCCAAAUACGAUGUCAAACUACCCCUCUCGGAUCCUAGAAAUCAUUAUAUUCCAUACAGAACGAUACCGCAGGCGGACCUAAUUGUGCCAUCGUUCACGAUAGAUCGGAACACUUUGUUCUAUCCUAAAUUGGAAGUAGCUCUUUUCAAGCUGAAUGACAAUGUCAAUAAGGCGUUUCUUCAGCAGUUGGCAACGAAAGUAGCGCCGCCCAUUGACUUGGAAGUGUUUUAUCAUCCUAUCACUAAGAAGCACAUGGGGAUGGCUAUGAUUGUUUUCACAUCGUUUGCUGUCGCUUUGCUCAGUCAACGGUAUGAAGAUGCUACUGGUGAAGAAAUGCGUAUCCCGGUUCAUUUAAAAUCUCUCGAGGAAACGAUUCUUAAUACUCGGCGGAGCCAACUGGCUUUGAAAUCAGAUGGCAUGAUGCGGCGAAGCCAUGACACACCACUUCAAUCACAUGUUGUGGAACGUGUUAUGGAAGAACACAUGGAGAUGGAGUCACCUUCCGUUUCAACAGCUCAUCAUACUCCACACCAUACCGAGAAAGCUAUCGGGAUCCGAACUCCUCGAACUCCUACAGCCGAUUACGCUUUAUCGUCACGGUAUCAGAUAUUAUUGCUCUGUUCUCGCGAGAGUUGA